AUGGCAACUGUGAACAGGGGACCUAGGGUCGGUCCUUAUCCGGCAGCCCAGGUUCCUAGAACUACCACAGCGAAUCAUUAUUCUAGAAUUCCUCAGUAUGGGAGGAAUGCUCCAUAUUAUGUUAAUCAACACCAAUUCCCCGUAUAUACCCCUUUAUAUAACGGAUGGGGGUGGGCUAAUAGUGUCCAACCGUGGGUACCUGGAAGACCAGCAGUAGUGGGUUGGGUGCCUGUGGUACAAAGCCCUCCAUGUCUUCCGGGCAGAGUACCAGUAGCUUUUAACCCUGGAUUUCGUGGAUUGGUGGUUGGUAGUGGCGGUACUUAUAGUCAGGGAAACUAUCAUAAUCGAUACAAUCAUAAUAAUAAUCAUAAUCCUGCAGUUAGGACAAGAAGGGCCGCUGGGACGGCCGUUGGGAUGGGCAUCUCGGCGUGUCCUAUAGUCCCCAGCAACACAGCUACCAACUACUAUGUGCCACAGCGGCGACCACAACAGCACCGCAAUCACCAACGGCCCCAACAACACCGCAGUCACCAACGGAUCACAACAAAGAACUAUCCUCAUCCAGCAACUAUUCUUCGUCCCACAACUUUACACAAUCCUCAUCUGCCCGUCUACAACCCUCCGCCUGCGUCUGGUACGGCUUCAUAUCUCCCUCAGAAUCAGCCCACGAUGGGCAUGGUGAGGUCCUACGGCAUGUCCUGGAAGUCGAAUACAAACGACACUGAAGCAGCUACUCAUCCCCAGGUUGAAACUUCAGCUCCUGUCGUAUCUCCUAUGCCGGUGCCUGUUAGGGAAGACUCCGACGAUUCGUGCGACUCCAUUCUCAAGAAUACACCCAUCUUCCCAGACAGUUCUCAGGACACAUCCCUUCCUUCUAUUCCACAGGCGUCCUGCCAGACUACUCUCCCUUCAAAGGAAACGAAUGCAACUAUGUCAUCAGGAGCAAGUACUGCUCUAGAACAAAUGACAGAAACAGUCUCUCGAAGACUUGAUAAGACAAUAGAUACCGAGACAGUAUCGAAGGUUUCAGAGCCAGCCCCGAUGUCGGCUCCUAACAAGAAUAGGUCAAGUCUUCCGGAAAACCCCAGGCUUUCAGGUCCUUCUUGUAAUAGAGUCCCUAAGAACGAUAAGAAUAAGCAGAGGGAGCCACAGUCGACGAAAUCUGCUGCCCGGGAGCAGGCAAAUAACAAGCCACAACCAACUCAGCCCAAGCAACCCCAGAAUACGCCAGCCAUCGAACUAGAAUCCGGGGACAUGAAAAUUAGAAAGGUAGACGAACGAGCUGGGUAUAUUAGGGGUUCAGCUAGUGGCGGGAAAAAGUAUAGGAAAGGUAAACAUAACAAAAGUGGCUCUGUCACCUCGGGUAAGCUGACGAGGAGUGGCUCAAGCAACUUCAGUUCACAGGGGAAACAGGGCGUAUCUGAGGUUGCUUCACAGGGGAAUAAGAAUCUUAAAAACAAGUCAACACCAGAAGAAAAUAGACCUUUGUCUCAUUGCCUUAUCUCAGGAGGCUCGGCAGCAUCUACAUCUCGAAGAAGACGGAACCUUAGCGCUUCUUCAUCGACUGUUCUUCCACGACAAGGAGAUUCUCAACAAGAGAACAUAACUCCUGCCUCGAAAGUGAACCCCUCGGUGGCAACUAUAAACCAUGCGAAUGAUGUGGCGUUUCUGCAAGCAACUUCCGACAGACGGCUUGAGAUUUCCUCCACGUACAGCCAACCGACAAUAGUGGAAAAUUCUACGCACACUGCACUUGACGUUCCCGUGCUGCGGGCGAAGUAUGAGGUUCCCAGCGCCUAUUCAUAUCAACAACCUGAAAGAACGAUGUUUAAGGCUGAGAAUCGACACUUCUAUGUACCGCAAACACCCGUCCAGCUAAUUCAGAAAGGAUAUUCAAUGCAGAAUUCCACAGUCCCAGCUUAUCAUGUUGGUCAGAAUCAAGUUCCAUAUAACCAGAAACCUCAAUACCCAGCUAUGCGAUCACAGAUCCCACAACACCAUCAAGCCUAUCAUCAAAACCUUCAGCCACACCAAGCUAUUCAUCACCAACGCCAGCAGAACCAACAAACCUAUCAAACCCAUCAAGUUCACCAACAGGUUCAAACACAGGGAUUCCACCACAACUUAAACCCAGCUAAGCGGGGACCUGACACCAAAAAUGGGUAUGCGCUACCUCAUAUCCAUACUCAGCAACGUAUCCAACAUCAACAAUAUCCUAGUGGCAACUUUCCCUUUCAUCAGUCACAAACUCAGCAAAAGCCACCACGAUUCCAAGGGGCUACUACUAGUCACACCGCACCACCCACCCCGCACCGCAGUAAUAGAUAUGCUGCCAAUGCGGUUAAUCAGAAUGCUUAUGCUGGGGCACCCUAUCAUCGGUUUGCUACUACACAGGCCAGUAACGGGAAUUAUGGUGGUAACAUAGUCCCGGAAUUCAACCGGGGCCAUAUACGAAACCGCAGCAACCAAAGCUUGCACGAUUACGGACGAAAUUCAAAGAAGCCUGCUAUCGUACAAGCCGCACGAUACAAACCACGCUCACCAUCGCCACCCCCUAUAGUCAAAAUGGCCGUUCGAAACAAAAAACUACUUUGGCCAAUCGGGCCGUUCAUUCCUUUCAGCACGAAGAUUUGUUCGCCAUGGGAACUGGAUAGCACAACUUUCGUAAAUGUUUUCUGUACUACAGUGGGCGUUCUACGACUUCCUUUCUCAGUUGAAUUCCUUCGAACGCUGAAGUCUGUUCUCCCGCCAAAGCACGGUGACCAUAUCAUCACGUUUCCUACGGCGCUAGCGGAUUCGGCGGAUAUGACACCUUACUGGGAGAGGUGUUACUAUUGCCAACAGUUUCUAUUCAAGUAUGCAAAACAUUUGGGGUUCAAGCCCUUCGAAAAAAUUCCGAUGAAGGACUGGCCUAGGGUCGAAAUCAUGCUGGGCACUGAUAACACCGAAAACUCGAAAUUUAAUAUUUAUCUUAGCCAGCCGGAUGAGAAGCGUCUACUUUUCCGCUGCGUCGAACAGAAGUUGGGGGACUCGGAUAAAGCACCAAAGGCAACCUUCUUUGUUACUGUGCACCAGACUGGAGUUAACCAAGUUCAGUACUCCGAUCCUGAUCUUCAGGACGAUAAAGUGACACUUCCUCCCCUCGAUGGUAGCCGCGAUCCCCGUACAACUCCGGAAUUUCAGUACAACCUUCCGCAUUAUCUUUGUUUGAACGAAAGGCGAGGUAUUUACGGCUGCGGCUUCACUGAUAUCGGUGUCCCAGCUAAGCGCCUGAAUUUCCACCCCUUUGGUAAAACCAACUUUGAUUCACUUUGGUAUGGUAUGGCUCACCUACAGGAGCUUGUCAUUGCCGACGAUAAUGCCAGUAUCAUCGAUGCAAUGUGCUUUGAUCCCGACUACGUUUUCGGAAUCCCAAAUGUGGUUGGUUAUUGCAAGAAAAGGACGGCGGUUAUGAUGGGGAAUGGAGAACCUAAGUUUUUGGAGCACGAUGAAGUUCUGAAACUGAACUGUAAAGCGGCUGCCCCCCCUCCUCCCUCUUCAUCUCGUCGUAGAGAACCUGUGGUUCCUAAUGAUGAGUUUGAACGGGAACGAGAGUCGCCACAAACGAAGUCGUCUGAUGUUAAUGGAGAUACGAAGAGUACAUCGACAUAG